GGAGGAUGUAAGGAGGAUCAAUUUGGCGCUGUGUGGUCCGAAGCUGAAGACUCCAGCUUUGCAGAAAAGCGCGGGCAGCAACUCGUCCGGCGUGGAAAUCGCAGCAACUACGGAGACAAAAAUAAAUCACCCCGACGUGCUGGGGCCCUGUGUAUCAAAAUAUGCUAGUAUUCGGACGGCUUUGACGACGAGCUGUACUGCAGUAGGAACAAGUGCAGCUGCAGCGAAUUGGAAUUCAACCAGUGGAACAAGUGUAGCUGCAGGGAGAAAUAACCAAGCGAAAAUAAGCGCAGCUGUAAUGGCUAGCCAGCAGCAUGAGAAAGACCAUCCUCAUCCCAGCGUACAUGGUCCCUCGUGUCCCUUCAUCCCCAUGCGGUCUCGCGAGGAUCUGAUAGCGUCACAACUGCGGAUCCAGGGCUACGUGACGAAAGUGCAUCACAAAACCAGGAUAAAGAGGGAAAAGAUCGAAACGGAAUCGCGGAGAGGGAAGACGACCGUGAGGUCUCAAAGGACAACAAUCUCAGAGGUGCACGCGAUUAUCCAGAGUCCCUUCAUGGAGGGCAGGGUCCUGGCUCUCGCGGAAAACGUUCGCGACCUGGAAAAGGCGAAGGAAAGCGGGGACUUCCCCUUCAAAGAACUCAUAUCCACAGGAAAUUUUCCGUACACGUACAAAUGCGGUCUCUGCCUUCGAUCCUAGUUUAGCAUGACAAGUUUUACUCCCCAAACUGCGGAACUUUGUGAUGCAUCUUGUACUUACAUGUUGUACGGGAAAUUUGUAUUGCAUAAGCCACUCUGGAGGACUACAAGAAAGCUGGCGCAGCAGCUCAUGGUGGAAGAAAUAAAGCUGCAAAAUUUAAGGAUAAGGUCAAGAAAGCGAGUUGUACUGCUACUACAAUUCCGGACGUUUUGGAGCAGAAAAUUGAGUUUUGCAUCCGACGGAACCCCCACCCGAUGCUGAGCAGCAACGAGACAGACACAUACGAGUUUUUAGCCUGCGACAUCACGUUUCUAAGUCAGUUUUCUUCGCUACAGAUGCCGAUAGAGCAAGAAACUACUGAGCGAGUGGAUACUAAGAACGGCGCGCCGACGACGUGUUGCUCCUCUGCUUCUUCACAACAGAUUUUAGAUGAGAAAUUGACCGAGGUGGACUUGAACGUGUCAACACGACCUCAAAGGCGUUUAAUAUCUGCUGGCGAUCGUGAUCAGAGAAAAGUAUCCGAGAAAAAGUCCUCUUCCGUGGCGCUGGCGAAAGAACAUCAAGACGGCGGAUCUACUUCACCACAUGAGAACAAUGAGAAAGCGGAAGCGGCCAAGUGGGAUCGUAUGAUCCACGACCUAACAUGGAGGAAAAAGUUGGACAUUACGGUUGAAGACGUGGUUGGAGUGGCGAAGGAACUGGUGGCGCUGCAUGCGGAGAAGUUCUUGCACGAAAAGAACGAGCGAGACUUUCUUCUUUCGACAUCUACAUUACAUCACGCGGGAGAUGAGCAGCCUCCGCAAGGAGCGAACUGCUCACAAGUAGGACCACACGACCAGGUUAUUUUCGCUCUCGAACCACCGACAGAUCUGUCCAAGAAGGUGAACUUGGUGCCAGCGAUUCGAGCGGGGUUAGGAUACGAGGAAGCUGCUACGUCACCAGCAUCUGAAGUUGGUUUAGACCGGACUUGGGCCUGGGCGCACCACGGAAAGAAGAAUCACAAUGAGACUGGAAGCAGGCCUGCAGAAGCAGCUCAUCCUGAAGUUGAAGAUGUUGCUGUUCGGGGUCAGAUUUUUUCGCUGGAAAAAGAAGAUCAGCUGCUGCUUGUUCCGUCAGCCACCUGCACUGACACUUCUACCCCAAUACCACCACCACCUCCAGUUGUCGCGAAGCCGAAGGUGAACAAGCCUCCUCGGUGUCCUCGUCGUCCGGCGAAUUUCACACAACACCUCCACUCCGCGAUUUUGAUAUCAACCGUAAAUCUAAAUGUGUCUGGCUCUGGAAAGAUGCGAACUUGUGAUGCGCAUUUCAGAACACACAAAUAAAAUCUCUCAUGCAUAUUAGGCAGCAAAAGGUGCCCACUUUGUGUCACCAAAGUGGGGGAUUUGUCAUGCGGAUUGGGCAUUGUGGAAGGUUCUCGAAAUCUGUGAUGCUAGAGGGUUUCCAUGACAAUCCUGCUGCGUCAUGCAAAAACAGCAUGACAAAAAUCUGCAUUCUGCCAGACCUAGAUAUAUUUGCAAUUGAUAUUUGAGAAGGGCCUACAAAACCGGGCCGCGGUUCUUCGACAGGUUGAAUCCUGAGAUAGAAACCGUGGCAGAUUGCAGGAUCCCCGAUUUGGACGAAAGUUGGCCUUUAUUGGAAGGAAAGGAGCAACUGCGAAAUUAUAACUGGUUUCCGAGUGAAGAAAACGAGAAGUGUGGCGAAGUAGGGCGAUUAGACCCUCAGGACGAUGGGAGUUCCAUUGGCUACUUCUAUUGCAGCUGCGCAGUAGAGAACGAAGCGGAUUCUCUGAAAAAGAACCACAAGGUGGUGCCUAAUGACCAUGAAAAUCUUCACACGCACCGCGUGCCGUCGUUUCAAUCGCUGAUGACCGAGUCGCCAAGAUUGUUGCGCCAGAUCGCGGACCAGUGCGACGCCGCUGCGGAUAUGGAGUGCAAAAAUGUCUGGGUCUGGAAAAGUGUAAACUUGUCAUGCAGAUUUUCCAUGACCCAUGAGGUCUGGAAUGCGGGACUUCGCAUGACAGACUCCGCGAGGUCUCUGCCAUGCCUAUCCUGCAUGAGAAACUCCCUUCCAACUUGGUCAAAAGUUGAGAGCUUUUGGCUCUCAUGCAACACAGAUUUUUGCAUGCUUCAGAUUUACCAUAGCAAGUUGCCGCCUUCCAGAACCAGACAUUUUUGCAUUUGAUAGCGGAGCUCUGGGAAGAUUCCUCCGACACGGCACGACUGUACCAACAGCAUAUUACCAGGUCGCCGAGGAGCGUCAUUUGGGCUGAUAAUGAGGAUGAUGUAGUUCUUCAAGUUCUUUCGGACCGUCAGAAUAAAGACUCGUCCGUAAUAUCUGGCUAUGGCGAAGCACCCCCGGCGGAUGAAAAAGACGGCCUUGUGCUGGAACAGCAGCAUCAAAGAAGCGCGAAAUCACUCGUACAAAGCGAGCACCCACUUCCACCAUUGCCUCCACCACUUCCGCCUUUGAUGCCUGCGAACAAGGGGAUGUGCCUGUCACGGUCGGGAAGUGGACAGCAAGCUACUUCUAGCCUUGUUGAUUCGAAGCGAGAAACGGCAAAAGCAGCGUUUGAUAUAUUGAACGUCCCCGUGCUGCCUCCACCGCCGAUAAUGAUGCAAGACCAGCAGUCUCAGAACCAAUCGUGGUGCAAGAACGAAAAGUCCUCUGCGGGGGCAACAGAAAGCGCUGAGUCUAUCGCGAAACUUCCUGCAGUGGGUACGCCUGAAACCACCGAUGCUGGUGCGGAACAACCAGAAGUCAACAACUGCAGCUCAGCUCGUGGUCCAGAUUCCCGGAACACCACGCCCCCGCCAGAGAAGAUCUUCGCGACCGGAGAUAUAGAUUUUUGCCCUCCCUCCGAGGAACUACAACAGCUACACGCCGCCCCGCACGAAGAUCCAAUGCCAGCAGCAGCCGCAGCCCCACCACGCUCUCGCCCGCUCCCCCCGUCUCGGCCACCGCCCGCUCCGCCAAGCGAGUUAUACGGUAGUCAACACCAACAGCUGCAGCUCGGUGGUUCUACUACUGCUUGGCCUCAGGAGGUGGACCACUCUACUUUGUAUCGCCCGACUCUGGAAGAGAUGGAGCUGCAGAUGCUAAACGGGCCCCCGCCCGCCCAGACAAGCAAUUACGGAACUGAAACUCUCCACCGGAAAAGGACCUCGACAACGUUGUUUGGAACCGAGGAAAUUUUCGGGUUUCCGGUCUCGGAAAAAGACAUUCUGCGGUCCAGAAGUGGGGUUGAAGGAGGAGAGAUAAGAGAAACGGAAACUCCCCGCGAAAGAAGAUGUACGAGCGACUCCAUUCGUGACGGCGCCCGUCGUGAUGGAGAGGAGCUGAAAGAUGAUCCAGGAGAGGAAGGCCCUCUUGUUGGCGGAGGUCUUGGUCUUGCUUGUUUUGAAGUAGGGGGGACAAGAGCUACAGGUACAAAGUCACACAGUUCCUAUCAAGACGAAGACCGGCUCCGGUCCGCUUCUACCUUCAUGCCGAGCACAUUAUCGAGCUCCAUUUCGAGAAGCAGGACUCUCCUCCGCCCGCCGCCCGGAUUAGAAGCGCCGUCGAGCAGCAGUAAUUUUUCUCGCUCGAAUUACAUUACAGUUGACUCCGAGCAGGUGGAUGUAGUAGACCUCGAGCGUUGUGUAUCGCAAGAAAAAACUGUUUCACUAUGAGCUUGUGAUGCGUAAAAUGGAACACGGAGCUAUUUGUCUUGCUACACCUGCAAGGCAUUGGGCUUUUAAGCGUGUUUUCCCUUGGAAAGCGCGCAUGGCAAAUUUUCUGUGUCAUGUGUAGCAAACUUGUGAUGCAGAUCUUGCAAAACCAUCACAGUGAAACAGUUUUUUCGUGGGAUAUUGUGAGCAAAUGGAUAAACAUUUGGAAGACCACGCGUACGACUUCGAAAACAGCACUUGGCUUGCCCACAACGAGGCAGCCACCAACAUUUAUGAUUCCCUCGACUUCGUCGAAAAGGAAAACAGCCUCAGCAAGGGCGGGUGUGCGCAGCCUGUGGCUGCACCUCCGCAUUUUUCUAUCAGCGCAGCUUGCGAAGAGGACACGACGUUCUUGCAAGACGAGCAACAAGAAGUAGAUACGACACCGGGGCAUACUGUUGGUACGCGAAAUAUUGACGCAAAAAAUCAUAUGGCCUUUGACGCAGGAGGACAGCAGGCACUGGAAAGAACGCCGGCCACUACAACAACUUCCGCUGCAAGUAAUGCAACAAAAGACCACGAACAACUAUCAUCUCCCACGCCCGUCGCGGUAGCAGGGCAAGCAGUUGUGAUUUCCCCUAUCGCAACAACCUACGCACAGCCGGAAGAUGCGAACGCCCAGGAGCGGUUUCGUCGACACAUGAAUAUCCUGUGCAAAAGUAUCGUACCCGUAGUAAUCGCAGUCAUGCAUUACAAAUCUCCUUCUUAACCUAAAUCCGCAUUACAAAUUCAAUUUUUCAUAUUGAGGGAAUUUGUCAUGCGAUUUCUAUUAGUACGAUGCUUUUGCACAGGAUAAUGAAGGUUCUAUGGCAAUGAAAUUGAAGAAACUUGAACUGCUAUACUCGAUUCUGUCGAACAAGAAGGCGAUUUCGGGUACAGCUCCAUCGUUUUCGCUAGUGAGAGCGUUACCAUCUGCUUCGCUGGCAUCCGGCUACGCUGGAUAGUCGACAAGAAAGGUGCCUGUACGCGAUCGCGACGCGCUCACCCACGAAUUUGCUUUGUUUUUGAAUAUAGUUCUGCCUGCAAAAAUUCUCUCUGAUGUUGUUCUUGCAUGAUAAUUCACCAUCCGGAGGUCUGAUUUGUGGACGAUUCCAAGGGCAAUAUUCAUUGUGCAUGACAGACUGCCCACAAAAAAUCUACUGUUUCUGCUGUCGUCGGGCUAUGAGUAUGACAACUACUGCUCCACAAAAGAGAAAGACAGGAUACGCUGGAACCUUUUGGAGAAGUAGUGCAUGGAAGACCACGCCCACUAUUCUCAGAAACGCUGCAAGCAAGGGAGCAAAAAAGGCACGAAGAAAAUAGAAUGCUGAUCUUCUCGUGCUUGAGCUGUAUGAGACUUACAUACACUUUUGCGCUUCGAUUUGCACAAGACGGAUUUCGAUUUGGAAUGAGAUUUAGAUAGCGAAGAACUAGGCCGACGCCCGCAACAACUUUCGAAAAGAUACGCUCUACAACGACUCUGACUCGAAAACAAAAACCGUUCCUGACCUGCAAGCUUCGACCUUGAUACUAUCGCAGGAGUCUGCGUCUUAUUAAUUUGAAGUCGACGACCAACGCGCAAUAGAUAUCGACAAAAGUGAAGCAAGCUUUGAAGCGCCAGCGAGCUCUCGACGACUAGUAGUACCUCUUAGCUUUUCUUCAUGCAUCUGGUGUAUAAUUUUU